GAGUGGCUGCUUGGAGAGACCUACGAUCCGUUGAAUGUGCCAAUUGCUCUUUUCAUGGAGCGUUUUUCGGUUCCUGGUGAAGAAGAAGAUCCGGAACAGUUCGAAGAUGAAGAGAGGAAGUUCCGGGUCUCUCAUACUCAUCCAGUCGAACCUCCCAUGGAAACCGCUGCGUCGUUGGACGGCAGCUUUUUAUGUCGUGAGGAGGUGGUACAAGCGAAUGUGAUUUUUCAACAUUGCGCUUCCAAGGGAACCUUCGACAUCUCCCACGCAGAUGCGGAGCGCAUCGCUGGUGUCGCCAUCGAUCCGUGCGCUGUCUGCAGAAGUUCUGGAUUGGGAAACUCCACCGAGCCCUCGAUGAAAUGGAUGUUGCGCGCCAUAACGGGGUGA